AUGGAUGUUGACCGUGCGCGGACUCGUAGAGAGCGAACCUUUGUGGGCUUGGACACCAGUCGUGGUGGGAAUGUCCUGGAUCUCGAGAAGUUGAGUAAUAUUGUUCGCUCUGCAUCAGUCAGUGACGCUGCAACAACACGAAGCAGCUUGGCAACCCCGACGCCUUGGAACAAUCGCCAUCAUCACCAGAGUCAACCAGAUAGUCAAAGGUCCUACCAAGAUACGAAUUUUAGCAGGCGCGACAGUCAUACUAGCAGUCAACGGGAAAGAAUUGAGCGUUUGACAACCGCGUCGCGAGGACAGCAUAGCCAUGGCCAUAGCCGUCAAGACAGUGGAAAUACCGGUGUUGCGUCGUCUGGCGAAUACGCUGAUGGCCAGCAACAGAGCACUGGCAGACGACAUGAUUACGACGUGCAAGCCAUGGAAUCGGCCCUGAGCCCACGUAAUGGCACGAUCAAAAAUCCAAUACCCGCCCCUAUUGUCACCGUGCGCAGCGAGUUCCCUACGCUCAAUCGCUCCCGCCAGCAGCAGCCACUGACUUGUUUGGUCACUGUCGAAGUUCCAGACGGGCAUUGGCGCCCAGAUAUGGACGAUCUGCGUUUCACCCCGCUGAAUGCUAAACUUCCGUCCGAAGAUAUAUUUAACCCAGUUCGAUCACCUACUAUCGGAUCUGCGAAUUCAACUCCUGUAGAGUCCCGAGAGAACCUGGAUGAUCUUGCCGAGGAUCUCCGUUUGCGCGUUGAGAAUUGGCAUGGUUUGGAAUUUUCGCGUUUCGGUAAACUACGCUUACACGGCAUACUUAAUGUCGGCAAAGAUCGAGAGGCGUGGCAAGAACUUGAAUGCUAUCUGUUCGGCGAGAUGCUUAUCUGCGUGAAAGAAAAGAAAUUGGCUGUGGAGGUUGCUGGAAAGACUUCCCGUUGUACAUUAAAAGGCUCUAUCCUCAUCAAGAAGCAUCUGCGAGAAGUUGAUGUUGUAGCAGAGGAGCCGAUUCUUACCCUCAAUUUGUCCGUCAGUGAACUGCCCUCCUUUCAUCUGCGUUUCCAGAAUAGGGGGCAGCUAGAAUUGUGGCGACGCGCCCUUGCGGACUUAAACAGCCCCGAAUCUUCGAUUCGUAAUGGAGCCUACGACGUGCACGGCGCAAUUCCAGAAGAGGAUGAUUAUCGCACAACCAAGACCAACAAACGGCAGUCCUCGGCGGCCUCGUCCUAUGGCGCGGCCAAGUCGAACAACACUGCAGUGACAGAAUAUACUAACUCGGCGCGAAACACAGGCCCUGUCAGUUUUCAUGUACCACUAGACUUGGUCGUAGUGAUCCCUGUGUCGUCAUCCAUGCAGGGCUUGAAAAUUACACUUCUUCGAGAUGCAUUGAAGUUCUUGGUUCAGAACCUGGGGCCCCGCGACAGAAUGGGCUUGGUCACCUUUGGCUCUAGCGGUGGCGGUGUGCCUCUUGUUGGAAUGACCACCAAAUCAUGGGCUGGUUGGGGCAAGAUCCUGAACUCUUUGCGCCCUGUCGGUCAGAAGAGUUUGCGAGCGGACGUAGUUGAGGGUGCCAAUGUGGCCAUGGACUUGUUGAUGCAAAGAAAAUCCAACAACCCGAUUUCCACCAUUCUGCUCAUCAGCGAUUCCUCCACCUCUGAUCCAGAAAGCGUAGACUUUGUUGUGUCCCGAGCGGAAGCGGCUAAGGUGGGAAUACAUUCCUUCGGCCUGGGACUUACACACAAGCCGGAUACGUUGAUCGAAUUAUCGACUCGAACCAAGGCCUGCUACACUUACGUCAAGGAUUGGAUGAUGUUGAGAGAAUGUGUUGCGGGAUGUCUUGGGUCUCUACAGUCGACUUCACACCAAAACGUCAAGCUCAAGCUACGAUUACCCGAAGGUUCUCCGGCCAAAUUCGUCAAAAUCAGUGGAGCCCUUCACACAACCAAACGCGCCACCGGAAAAGAUGCAGAAGCUGCUCUUGGUGAUUUGAGAUUUGGUGAUAAACGAGACAUCUUAAUUCAACUUGUUAUUCAACCUGACAAUGCCACACAGGAACAUCUUCCGCAGGACGCUUGGCAAAGUCUUGUUUCUGGUUUAGAAGCACUUGGAGGCGGCUCGGAUGGAGACGAACAACGAGUUGUCAGCGUUGAGGAAGUCCCGUUGAUCCAGGCGGAUUUGACCUACGGUGAUAUUCUUCGGGAGGGGCACCUGACGCAUACCCCCAGGCCGUCGUUGUUGGCAAUUACUAUGCUCCCUCCUAGCCCCAAGCACAAACACGGUCGACCUUCCACGCCUCCCAUCCCUCCACAUCCAUCGAUCGUGCAGCGGAGAAUGGAAUUACUGGCAUCCGACAUGCUGACUAGAGCGCUUACUCUUGUCUCGAGGGGACAGCAUGAUCGUGCACAGCAUCUCCUUAGUGAAACUCGAAGUAUCCUGAAGGGUCUUGGUAAGGGAGGCUUACCACCUCUACCUCCCGGAGCCACCAAGCCUUCCGACUCUGGCAGCCCUACCGGAACACCCAGUUCGAAUUCCCCGCGUUCUUCACACUUCCCAGAGUCCAACUCCUCCGUCGCGUCGGAGACCGCUACUAUUACUCCCGUGGCGGCCGUUGACCAGCAUGUAAUGGUUGCCCUUGACGCUGAUUUAGAGGCCGCCUUAGAAUGGAUCAAUCAUCCUGCCGUGUUUGGACGAGAUUCGCGAAAAGCCGUUCUUCAGGCUAUUGGCGUUGUAUCUUCGCAAAGGGCGUUCACUUACCGCACUCCAUCAGAGUCGCUCUGGUCGGAACGCGUAGCUGGAGUGAAGCGACUUACUAAUCGGUCAAAGGAGUGGCGUGAGAUGGGUGACGAUGCAUUGACUGAGGAGUGA